AUGUCGAAUGAGAAUCACAAGACACAAGGGAGCAGCAAUACAGGAGAGCCCAGCUUUGCAGAGACCAUCAUGAGCGCACUCAACACUGUAACGCCCGACUCGACGGCGCAAUCCAUCAGCAACCCUCUAGAGAACAAGAAGAACCACGGUCCUCCAGGUGGCUGGGUCGAGACCCCUGCGGCCGACGGCGACAAGACCUUCAGCGUCAGCCCCCUUCCUGCCACAGAUGGCGCUCUCAACCCCAUCGACCUCAGGCCCGGCGAAAAGAUCCCAGAUACCUUGACGGCUCAGAAUGUCAACAACCACGUCACUCUAGAUAAGGAGUCGUACGAGAAGAGCGACCGCAUUCCCGGCGUCGAUUUCAGCACAUCACCUGCUGUUGUUUCUGCCCCCAUCGUGGCCACUGACGCGGAGACCGAAUUCAAGGUCAACCCUCUUCCUGCAACCGAGGGCGCUCUUAACCCCUUCAAGCUCGCACCCGGUGAGAAGAUUCCCGAUGACGUCAGGGCUGCGGACAUCAACACCAAUGUUACACUAGAUAAGGAAUCGUACGACAACAGCGCCGAUCGGAUUCCCGGCCUCGACGCCGCAUUGCCCCCGGUUUCCAGGAACAUGAUUCCCGAAUCCAGCCUCCCCAUCACUAGCAACAACGAUGUCUUCAUCAACACCGUCACUCCCAUCUCAACCACUGCUGCCUUGGCUGCUCAAGUUCCCUUUAACGAGCCUGCGGUUCCCGAGGCUGUCAGGGAAAGUCAGGAGAAGGCCCACGUGGAGCCUGGCGCAAGUGGCUUGGCCGAGGAGGUGAAGGGCAAGGCUGCCGUUGAGGAUGAGCUGCUGCACAAGGUUGCCGAGGCCCCCUCAACCUCCGAAGGCACUGCUGGAUAUGGCACCGAAAAGGCCGAGACUGAUUUGUCCCUCGCCGAUGCUGUUGCUUUCGCCGGCAACGCCGCUGCCGCUGCUGUCAUUGGUGCUGCCACUGUUGCCGCCGACAAGCUCCCCGGUGUUCUUGAGAGCACCGCAGACGCCGCGGUCAAUGUUGGUAGCAAAAUUCCUGGUGCCGUUAAUGCGACCGCUAAUGCGGCUGUCGAUGUUGGCGCCAAGAUCGGACACUCCGCAGGCGAAGCUCUUGGGACUGCCGCCACUGCCACCACCAACGCUGCGUAUGCCGCCAAAGACACCACCAGCGAGGCUCUCGGUACUGCUGCCAAUGCCACCACCAACGCUGCGUAUGCCGCCAAAGACACCACCAGUGAUGUGCUUGGCAGCGCUGCCAACGUUGCUGCUAGUGCCGGUAGCCAGGUCCAAGAAACCGCUGCCAAUACUGCUAGCACAGUCCAUGAAUCCACUGUCAAUGCUGCUAGCACAGUACAGCGCUCUACUGCUAACGCUACGUCGACUGUUGAAAGCAGUCUCCCGAGCGUGCCAGACGUCACUGGCCACCUGCCACAGGCGGUCCAGAAGAUCCUCCCUACAUCGAUGCAACCGGCGUCCCAAAACCGUCAGGUUCUUCCUACCUCUCUUGAUGUUGAGAGGUCCCUCGCGGCAGAGAAGGCUUCACGCGUUGAGGGUGUUUCUGCGGCCGUUCCUGUUGAGGUCAAGGAUUCCAUUGAGAAGUCUGGAGAGUCGCCCGAAGCUACCACUAAUGCCACGGCAGUCUUGGAUAAGCAGGCCGUUGAGUCUGAGCUCCUGAGAGAGGUCAAGCGCGCACAGCCCGAGCCCCCUGUCGUGGCCGCGUCGGUUCCGUCAGAAGUCAGGGAUUCUCUCCAGAAAGCCGACGAGUCGCCCGAGGCUGCUUCUCAACCUGCCGUUGUUGUGGAGAAGCAAGCCGUUGAGACUGAGCUGUUGAAGACCGUGAAGCCCACCGAGUCUAUCCCGCAAGCCAUUGCCUCGGUAGUUCCAGGAACCGUCAAGGAUUCGAUCACAGAGGCCGGCAAGGCUCCCGAAGCCGCUGCCAAUGCCGACAUUGUAGCGGAGAAGACUGCAGUUGAGGCCCAGCUUCUGCAGGAAGUUAAGCCCGUCGAGGUGGUAGCCGAAAAGAAGGCCGUCGAGGCUGAGCUUCUACAUGAGGUCAAGCGCACUGAACCUAUUGGCGAAUCCUCCACAAAAGCAGCCACCAACGGCACGGCAACAAAUGGCUCGGCAGCCAACGGUUCGACAUCGAACGGUGCGGCGGCCAAUGGCUCAACAGCCGCUGCUUCCAAGCCUGUGGAGACACCAGUCACCCCCACAACGCCGACUGAUACUACCUUCCCGGCUGCUAAUGGGAAUGGCAAGGCUGCUGAACAGCCGACUGUCACCACCGGCACGGAGACCCACGCCACGACCACGGUCUCCGGCUCUGGCUCCGCCUCUACCACCCCGGAGAGGAAGAAGAAGCACCGUGUCAGUGGUUUCUUCAACAAGCUCAAGCAAAAGUUCACUUAG